GGAUCUUCGAAUGUGCAGUGACAGAAAUGGCCGAUGCGGGUACCCCAUACGCUGAGAUUGGUCAGACGGUCCUCUGUAAUCUUGAUCUGCGCAAUGAUCAAGAUUAUCCGCUAUACAAGGAUGUGGAGGUAGGUGAUCCCCAUGAGCGGCCUAGACAACUUCACGGAUCGUCACAGCUUCAUCGAGCUCGUGAUCCGCUUCUUUCACCCACAGUCAACGAUGAUGAUGAUGGUCCCCCGCACUCUGACUCGUCUCUAUCAUCUGCGAGCGUCCACCUCCACCCAGAGUCAAUCAACGUCGUGCGCUGGCCCUUUUUCAAAGACGAAGACGACCUAGAGAGAUUCACCAAGGGCGAUGAUCCGGAGGACAGAAUCAACAGCGAGGCCCGGCCUGAACCUAGGUCGAAAAAGGGGGAAAUGAGCCUCAGACAGGUUCCACGCUCCUCUAGAUUCUAUGAGCAUCUAGACGAGUCCCUUUCAUCGGAACAAGAGCCGACGAUUGCCCGUCACGCGAGUUCUGAGAAUCUCCGUCGCGGCAAACUACGCAAGAGACGGUGAGGAAGAGAUCAUGGUGAGAGAGGGGUGUUAGUGCUUCAUUUUGCUUUAUCUCUCGUGUUGCAUUUGUGGUGGGGGGUUUUGUUUAUGGUUCACGCAUAUAUAUGUUCGACAUUGGUAUACGCG